AAGAAAAAAAGAAAAAAUGAAUUAUGAUUGGAAAAACAUAACAAAUACAUAUUCAGGCUAUACACAAUCACUAUGCCCAAAUGGGGGGAAUAUGACCUUCAAACUUGCCACCAUUGCCGUUUACAUGCUCGGCUUCUUCUUCAUCGUCUUCCUCUGCAACUUCCUCCACAUUUUGCUCCGCCGCUUCUCUCAGCCUCGCAUCAUCUCCGAAUGCUUAGUUACUACCCCUCUCUCUCUCUCUCUCUCUCUCUCUCUCUCUCUCUCUCUCUCUCUCUCUCUCUCUCUCUCUCUCUCUCUCUCUCUCUCUCUCUCUCAUCUGCAAAAUCAUUUCCCAAUUAUCAAUUAUCAAUUGGAUUUGCAGGUAGGGCUAUUCCUGAGCAACCUCCCCGUCAUACGCCGCCGCACGAGCGGCGAAGGGAUACAGAACACAUGCAUACAUAGUGAAGUAGCAAUGGUCCUACACAUGUUCGUGUAGGGUUAGAAGUGGACCCAAACAUAUUCCUCGAAAUCCACCUCCCGGAGGCCCAAAGUCGCCUACACCGGCGUUCUCACACCUUCGUAAUGGCGGCUCUCCUAACGCCGUUCCUCACCGUCCCCAUAGGCACAAACGCCCCCUUCAACCUCUGCCUCUCCAUCAUAAUCUCCGGCACCGCCAGCCCGCUGCUCACGCGCCUGAUUACAGAUCUCAAAAUCGGCAAAUCCGAUAUCGGCAGAUUCGUCGUCUCCGCCGGGGUCCACACCGAUCUGGUGUCCACACUCCUAAUCUGCAUCGGAUUCGUGAUUUUCGACCCGGUGCGCGCGUUCGUGUACAGAACCGUCGGAUCUAUCAUCACCAUGGUUUCGCUCCUCGUGAUUGAGAUGGUUCUAGCGGCGAAAUUGACGCCGUUGAUUAUGAAUUGGGUGAAUCGAGAGAAUCCAGAGGGGAAGCCGAUGAAGUGCUCGCACCUGGUGCUGGCGGUGGCGUACGUGGUUAUGGUGUGUAGCUUCCCGCCGAUUGUGUCGAACUACGACAAGGUUUUGAGCGCGUUUUUGGCGGGAGUUUUCAUGCCGAGAGAAGGGAGAAUUGCGAAGAUGAUGAUUAGUAAGGUGAAUUAUUUCUUCAGUGCUAUUUUCUACCCACUCUUCUUCUUCUGGGUUGGUACAGAGGCUCAGCUCAACAGCUUCGAAGCUGGCAAAUUAGGCACGUGGGCUAAAUUGAUAUUCGUCUUCUUAAUUGCAACCGCUGGGAAAGUGCUUGGCUCUUGGGUCUCAGGGGUAAUGUUGGGAUUUCACUGGCAGGACUCGAUCGCCGCCGGUUUGUUGUUGAACAUCAAGGGCCAUUUCCAUGUCUAUUUGGCUAUAAUGUCUUCAAAGAUGCUGUUGUCGAGCACUUCCACAAGCAUCGGUAUGGUGUUUGCGACUUUUCUCACCAUAAUCUACGCUCCGAUGGUGGUGGCGAACAUCAUCCAACGCGCGAGAAAACGGUCACCCACACAAAGAAUGGCGCUCCAAUGGCUCGCCCAAUCGCACGAGCUUCGUGUUCUAUUAUGCAUGCAUGGCCCACAAAACAUUUCCUCCGUUGCAAAUUUCGUGGGGAUCUCACGUGGGCCCGCGGACCCCGGAUUAUUGGUUUACCUCACGGACAUGGUGGAGCUGACCGAUAGAAUAGCCACCACAUUAGCACACACUCAAGGUGUGGAUACUGUGACGGUGACCGAUCCAGCGGUUGUGGAGAUGAGGGAGGAGAUAACUAAUGGGAUUAAUGCUUACUUAAAUGAAGACGGAGAUGGGAUCACCGUUAAGAGGAUGCUCGCGCUCUCUACACUCAAUAGCAUGCAUCAAGAUGUUUGUAUUUUGGCGGAGGAUUUGAUGGUUACGCUCAUAAUAUUGCCGUUUCAUAAGCAGCAAGAAAUAGGUGGGAGGCUUAAUAUGGGACACUCCGGUUUUCGACACGUCAACCGUAAGGUUCUUCGCCACGCCCCAUGCUCGGUGGGAAUCUUAGUGGACCGUGGUCUCGGGGCUACACUAAUAUCAAGAUCCACCAUAUCCCUCCACGCGGCGGUGAUCUUCAUAGGCGGGAAAGACGACAGGGAAGCAUUAGCUUAUGCGGGCAGGGUGGCGCGCCACCCGGGCGUGAAGCUGACGGUCAUACGGUUCCUUCUGGAAGCUACCGGCGACAGCAUGUCGUCCAUAAUCACCAUAGCAAAGUCCAACACAACGGAGCAUCUGGAGGAGAUGAAGGUGGACGACGAGUGCUUCGCCGACUUCUACGACAGGCACGUCGCCGGAGGACAGGUGGCGUACAUGGAGAAGUAUUUAGUCAACUCGGGGCAGACUUUCUCGACUUUGAGGUCGCUCGAGGGGCAAUAUGGUCUUUUCAUAGUGGGGAGGGGAGGGAGGGUGAAUUCGAUAUUGACGGUGGGGAUGAAUGAUUGGGAAGAGUGCCCGGAGCUUGGGCCUAUUGGUGAUAUUCUUUCUGCUUCGGAUUUUUCGACGACGGCGUCAGUUUUGGUUAUACAGCAACAUAGUUUGAAGGGUGAACUAGAUGGCCUCCAAGAUGAAUUCUCAAUUAUGUAAACUUUUAGUAUAUUUAGUGUACAUAGAAUAGGUAGAAAAUG